AUGAUCUCCCUGCGUUCACGCGUCUGGGUCUCUCAACCUUCAAGAUCGCCCACGCCGUCGUCGCCCGCGACAUCCAAUUCCCACACUUCUGGUGGCAGCUUCGUGCAGUGGGCUGGACAUACAAGCGACCGAGCGGACUCGCUAGCGAGGGAAGGCGAGAACGUGCAAGUAGCGCACGCGUUGGAGGCAAGCCUUUUGGAUGUGCUUGAGGAGGGUGCAGAUCGAGGAACAAGCAAAAAAUGCAGCGGCUGGGACUACAACGACGGCUGGGGCUACAACGGCAGUGGCGUCGGCUGGGACUACUACGGCGGAGAAAGUUUCGGUGCGUCGCAGAUUGACACGUCCGUUGCUCUUUCACCAAACACGUCGGGUGAAGAGCUUUCCCAAGCUGCGGUCGAGCAUUCGUAUAGCUUGUUGCCGGGCGAUUUCCAGCCCGACGCUUCGCAGUUUAACGCGGUGGUGAACCUACAGUUGCUGUCGGAGGCACCUGGCUUCGAAAGCGGGGCCGAAAGGAGUGAUGAGGAACAGAGAGAGCCGGACCCUCCCGUCCAAACGCUACACCAGCGCACGUGUGUCAAGUAUGACGUGAACUUUGUCUUGGAAGAUAAGGACGAGAGCGAUUAUAAGAGUUUCAGCUCCGGUAAGGGUGAAGGUCUGGGUGACAACGAUGACGAACCCGAGCAAAAUGAUAUUGACGAUGACGAUGAUGUCCUCUCGAAGGGGGCGGCAAAGAAGCAGCAAAAGACAGCUCUACGGGCUACUCAGUGGACGGCCGUGUUCUCUAACUUCAAGGCGAAUGUGACCGUGUACGCUGGCAUGAACAACAAGAAGGCGCAGCCCGUAUCUGAGUUGCGCACCAAAUCGACCGACGGACAAGCAAUUGAAGAGAAGCAGCGGGUUGAAGGGAGGCACGGAAGAGUCGAAUCCGUCAAGCAGAUCCGCCAGAGGCUGAAGAUGAAGCGCAGAUAUAAAACGCAUGACAUCCUUCGCGCGCUUGUCGUACUUAUCGCGCGGAUGCUAUGCCCGCAAAACAGUCGUUUCACUGAUCACUGGGCGAUGAUGGAAGACGGCACGGAUCCUGCCGGAAACUUCGGGUGCUUCAUGGCGCGCAAUCGAUGUCAAGACAUCCUGCGCGAUCUAAACUAUGUGGACAAUGCUGCCCCGCGGAUCCAAGACAAGUUCUGGAAGCUGUGA